CUAAUAGACCAUAAAACACCAGAGGCGUUGUCCUUUAACUCUUUCGUGUGUUUUCACUCCAUGAAGGUUCUUAUAACAUUUUGGUCGCCUUCUGGUCAUCUCUCUCUCUCUCAGAUAUGGCGACAUGGUACCAAAGACCAUCAUGGGGAAGAUCGUGGGCUCCGUCUGCUCUCUGAGCGGCGUGUUGGUCAUCGCUCUGCCGGUUCCCGUCAUUGUCUCCAACUUCAGCCGGAUCUACCACCAGAGCCAGAGAGCCGAUAAGAGACGAGCUCAGAAGGCGUCCAAGGAAGCAGGACAGGCGCUGGUCUGUAAGGCCAACCCCAACUUUGACAUUCAUCACAACCACCUUCUGCACUGUCUGGAGAAAACCACGAACCACGAGUUCGUGGACGAGAAGAUGUACGAGACGGGCUGCAGGGAGGUAACUCUGGUGAAGCGGCCGUCUCGCUCCUCUUCCUCCUCCUCCGUCUCCACCUCCUCGCCUCACGGCUUCACCUCCUGUUGCGCCCGCCGGAAGAGGAAGACCUUCCACGUGCCCAACUCCAACAUGUCUGUGGGUCUGCACGGCGGCGUCCAGGAGCUGAGCACCAUCCAGAUUAAGGAGAGGCCGCUCACCAACAGUCGUUCCAGUCGAUCCAGUCUGAACGCUAAGUUUGAGGAGAGGGUUCCUCUGAACUGUGACCAGUCGUACAUCACCGCCGCCGUCAUCAGCAUGCCGACGCCGCCGCCGCCGUCCGGCACCCGACCCAGACGCACCUCGUCAUCCGGCCCCAUCGACUACUCCCAGGCUAACAUCGUCAGGGUGUCCGCACUAUAGAUUAUAACGUCUUCCCCCUCCAACACGGAAACACAACCCACCCAGCGGUCAGGCAUCGGGGGGGUCGGCAUCCCCGCUCCACCACAGACUCAGAGGGCCGGGGUUUGGAUCACGUGUCCAUGACAGAGGUGACGGGUUAGCUACCCUAAAACUCAGAUAACACCUCUUUGGAUUGCUCUUGUUUUCUCUUCUGUCUUCUAGGAAGGAUUUCUAUUCGGGCAGUCGAACAUCUGAGGAGAGAAAAUGGCCGACUGGCUGACGACUGAUCGCUUUAUCCCAGAGAAAUCUAAAUCAUCACCACGGCUGUUUUUACAAUCCUGUAUGUCUUUAAAUUGAAUGUCCUUAAACACAAAGAAAGCUGAUGCUAACAUAGAUUUUUAGAAUGCAGUGUAAAGGAAAUGUCACAUAUUUUGGGAAGUACACUGUUAACCAUCCAAUAGCUAGUUUCAGUUUGCCAAUAGCAUAGCUUAGCACAAACACUGGAAGCAGGUUAAACUGCUAGCCUAGCUCCAUCAAAAGAAAAUAAACCACCUUUCAACAGCUGAUUUACAAGUUUUAUCUUGUUAGCGAACAUGCUAGUCACCAAUCAAUCCAAGACUCAGCUGGGUUUAGUUGACUGGAGCUAACGGUGAGGCCUUGAAGCUAACUCUGAACUAGCUGGACUGUAAAGCUAACUCUGAACUAGCUGGACUUUAAAGCUAACUCUGAACUAGCUGGACUGUAAAGCUAACUCUGAACUAGCUGGACUGUAAAGCUAACUCUGAACUAGCUGGACCGUAAAGCUAACUCUGAACUAGCUGGACUGUAAAGCUAACUCUGAACUAGCUGGACCGUAAAGCUAACUUCAUUCGUGGCUUUGUCUCCACGUUAUAAAUGUCUAGCAUUAAAGAAAAAGAUCUGAUAUUACUGUCAUGAUGUCUGCUAAGCCAAAAGAGAAAAGUAGAGUCAUGACGUAAAGAUAAAGUCCUCUGACUGUGAGCUAAGCUAACUGUCUUCCAGAACUAACGGCUCCUAAAAACUAAAAAUAUCUAAUUUUCUAUUUCUACUCUAAUAAACAAGUUAAAACAUAAGAAGAUAGUUUGGAAGUUGUUGGAAGGCUUUUUUUUACAGUUAGCUUUCACUUAGCUAGGCUAGCAGUUAGCCCGUCUGUCUCCGAUAUAUUAGUCGUGAUUCAGAAUUAUCAUACUUUGUAUUUUUGUGUCCUGGACAACUUCAUUGUGUUUCUCAUUUAAAUCAAUCAAUACAUUAUGGCAGUGAUUCUCAACUGGUGGGUCGCGGACCCGUUUUCAGUGGGUCGAGGGCCU